AUGGCGGAAUACGACAACAUCCCGUGCAGAGCAACCGUCAGACUGGAUAAGUUCAAACUAGCAAUCUCCGACGAGCAGAUAUCAGACCUCAAGACUCUGAUUCGCUUGUCACCUCUUGCUCCAGAGACAUAUGAGAAUCUGCAUACCGACGAUGGUCACUUUGGAGUCAGUCAUGAAUGGAUGAAGGAGGCCAAAGAACGCUGGCUGCACGGAUAUGACUGGCGUAAAGUGGAAGCGCACAACAAUUCUUUCCCUAAUUUCAUUGCUCACGUCGAGGACGAUGAUGGCGAGACAUACCGUAUGCACUUUGCCGGGCUCUUCUCGAAACGGGAAGAUGCAAUCCCGAUCCUGUACAUGCACGGUUGGCCCGGUAGCCACUUCGAGUGCCUCGACAUCUUGAACUUGUAUCGCAGAAAGUAUUCACCGGACAAUCUACCUUACCACAUCAUCGCCGCCACGUUGCCAGGGUGGACGCUCAGUUCGGGUCCACCUCUGACGCGAGACUUCGACACGCUGGACAUUGCACGUCUCAUGAACAAGUUGAUGCACGGGCUCGGGUUCGGUGCUGGCUACGUUAUCCAAGGUGGCGAUAUUGGCUCGUUUACGGGUAAAGUCAUGAUUGGAGUGUACGAUGAAUGCAAAGUCAACUUUGCUGCGCAAAACCAGGUGCCGCCGGGCGUGGACGAGAGUCAAUUCACUGAGGUAGAGAAGCAUCUUAUGGAGACGAGGGCAAGAGCGUUUUAUUUGACUGGAAACGCAUACGCAAGGGAACACGGAACGCGGCCAGCGACCAUCGGGUUUGCUCUGUCCGCCAGUCCACUUGCCCUUCUCGCCUGGAUCGGCGAGAAAUUCAUCGAAUGGACCGACGUGACUCCUCCUCUCGACCAGAUCCUCGAUUCGAUUUCACUAUACUGGUUCACACAGUCCUUUGCACGUUGCAUCUAUACUUAUCGAGAGUACUCGGGAGUCCCGGGCGGGCGCGUCUUGCCGCACAGCGAACCCAAAUACAACAAUCGCAAACCGAUCGCGUGGUCAUGGUACCCCAAGGAGGUGUUCCCGGUUCCGAAAGCGUGGGCGGUCGCGCAGGAUAUGAAUCUUGUGCAAUUCAGACAGCAUGAAGUGGGAGGCCACUUUGCGGUAAUGGAGCAACCGGAGGAGAUGUUGCAGGACAUGGAAGAUUUUCUGCAGACGAUCGGAUGGCCUUUGAACAGUGAGUAG